AUGGCGGUUUGGCUGCAGCUGGUGACUGCACUUGUCAUCGCGCAAACUGCGGUCGCCAACCCAGUUCCCGAGACUCAUCCCGAUGAGCUGGUGAACCUCAAGCAACGCGGCUCGGCCGCUCAGGGCUAUACUUCGCCUCCGUACUAUCCAACUCCUCAGGGUGGGUGGACGUCCGACUGGUCCGAAGCGUACACCAAGGCGCAACAGGUUGUGAGCAAGAUGACUCUUGCCGAAAAGGUGAACUUGACCACCGGUACGGGCUUCUUCAUGGGCCCCUGCGUAGGUCAAACUGGUAGCGCUUCACGAUUCGGUAUUCCAAACCUCUGUCUGCAGGAUUCCCCUUUGGGAAUACGCAAUUCGGACCACAAUACCGCCUUUCCAGCGGGAAUCACGGUGGGCGCAACGUUCAACAAAGACUUGAUGUACCAGCGAGGCGUGGCUAUUGGCGAGGAAGCUCGGGGCAAGGGUAUCAACAUCCAGCUUGGUCCAACUGUCGGCCCGCUUGGUCGCAAACCUCGAGGGGGUCGCAACUGGGAGGGUUUCGGUUCAGAUCCCAGUCUUCAGGCCAUCGGCGGCGCCCAAACGAUCAAGGGUAUGCAAAGCACCGGUACCAUUGCAACGAUCAAACACUUCAUUGGAAAUGAACAGGAGAUUCAUCGGAUGAGCAAUGUGGUCCAGAGAGGGUACUCAUCAAACAUUGAUGAUCGCACGCUGCACGAGAUAUACCUCUGGCCUUUUGCCGAGGGUGUUCGUGCAGGGGUUGGGUCGUUGAUGGCGGCAUAUAAUGAUGUAAAUAGCUCCGCGUGCAGUCAGAACAGCAUGCUCUUGAAUGGAAUUUUGAAGGAUGAGCUGGGCUUUCAAGGCUUUGUGAUGUCGGACUGGAGUGGCCACUACACUGGAGUGGCAUCUGCGUUAUCUGGCCUGGAUAUGUCCAUGCCUGGCGAUGGUGCCGUGCCGUUGCUUGGUGAUAGCUAUUGGGGCUCCGAGCUUUCACGCUCUAUUUUGAAUGGAAGCGUCCCUGUGUCUCGCCUGAACGAUAUGGUGACUCGCAUUGUGGCUACGUGGUACAAAAUGGGACAGGACAAAGACUACCCGCUGCCUAAUUUCUCGACAAAUACCGAAGAUGCAAAAGGGCCACUCUAUCCAGGCGCUCUUUUCUCCCCCAGUGGAGUUGUGAAUCAAUUUGUCAACGUUCAGAGCGACCAUAACAUCACGGCACGUGCUGUGGCUCGAGAAGCAAUUACUCUUCUCAAGAAUGAAGACAACAUUCUUCCACUUGCCAAGAAUGCAUCGCUGAGGGUGUUUGGCACAGAUGCAGGUACUAAUCCCGAUGGAAUCAAUGCUUGCGCAGACAAGGGUUGUGAUAAAGGCGUCUUGACCAUGGGCUGGGGAAGUGGCACUGCCAGGUUGCCUUAUCUUAUUACACCUCAGGAGGGCAUUGCGAACGUGACUCAGAACGCCAAGUUUUAUAUCACGGACUCGUUUCCCUCUGGCUUGACUGCGGGUGAGGAUGAUAUUGCUGUGGUUUUCAUCAAUGCUGAUUCAGGCGAGAAUUACAUCACCGUUGAGGGGAACCCCGGUGACCGCACCGCAGCCGGUCUCUCUGCCUGGCAUAACGGGGACAACCUUGUCAAAGCGGCGGCGCAGAAGUUCUCACAGGUCGUGGUGGUCAUCCACACCGUCGGUCCGAUCAUCAUGGAGGAUUGGAUUGACCUGGACUCGGUUAAGUCCGUGCUCGUCGCCCAUCUGCCUGGUCAAGAAGCCGGUAAUUCCCUCGCCGACGUUCUUUUCGGGGAUCACAGUCCUAGCGGACAUUUGCCGUACACCAUUCCUCGUCGCGAAUCCGAUUAUCCAGAUAGUGUGAGCAUCAUCGAUCAGCCCUUUGGUCAAAUCCAAGACACCUAUACCGAAGGUAUCUAUGUGGAUUAUCGCCACUUCUUGAACGCGGAUAUUACUCCGCGCUAUUCCUUUGGUCACGGUCUCUCUUACACGAGCUUCAACUUUACCAGCCCUACCGUUUCUGUCGUCACCCCACUCAGCUCUGCCUACCCCCCGCCCGCAUCCUCAAAAGGGCCCACGCCCGUAUACAGCAACUCCAUCCCAGCUGCAUCGGAGGUUGCCUGGUCGUCAUUCAAAUUCACGCGGAUCUGGCGCUAUCUCUACCCUUACCUCGAUAACCCCGAGAAGAUCACCGCUUCGAACAAUUAUCCCUACCCAGAUGGGUACAGCACUACACAGAAACCACUGCCACGCGCCGGUGGAGGGGAAGGUGGCAAUCCCGCUCUCUUUGAUAUCGCCUUUUCUGUCCAAGUGGGUGUGAAAAACACGGGCUCUCGACCUGGCAAGGCCGUCGCGCAAUUAUACGUGCAACUUCCUUCCAGCCUGGGCGUUGACACUCCUGCACUUCAGCUUCGCCAAUUCGAGAAAACAAAGACCCUUGCUCCGGGCGAGUCUCAAACUCUGACGCUCGAGAUUACACGAAAGGAUGUCAGUAUCUGGGACGUUGUCACGCAGGAUUGGAAGGCACCCAUCAAUGGAGAGGGGAUCAAGCUGUAUAUUGGAAACAGCGUUGCCGAUACUCCGGUCUCGUGCGUUGUUGGUGGAGGGUGCUCCGUCCAGUAG